AUGGAUGUCCACAAUGCGUUUUUUCAUGGAGAUUUGGAAGAGGAGGUUUAUAUGAGAUUGCCACCAGGUUAUCAGAAAGAAGAUAAAAAUAAGGUAUGCAGACUUCGCAAAUCUUUGUAUGGUCUCAAGCAAGCUCCUAGAUGUUGGUUUUCCAAAUUAUCAACAGCUUUGCUUGAAUAUGGCUUUGAACAAGCACUUGGAGAUUAUUCGUUGUUCACAUAUGAGAAAAACUCUACAUGUUUACAUAUCCUUGUAUAUGUAGAUGAUUUGAUCAUUACAGGGAGUUGCGAGGCUGCUACGAAACAGUUUAAAGAGUACUUAUCAGCAAAGUUUCAUAUGAAGGAUUUGGGGUUUUUGAAAUAUUUCUUAGAAAUAGAAGUUGCAAUGAGUGCAUCAGGUUUUUAUCUCUGCCAAAGGAAGUAUGCUCUAGACAUAAUUUUGGAAACAAGAUAUCUUGGAGCUAAGCCUAUAGCUUUUCCUUUUGAGGAAAAACAUGGUUUGGCUUUUAACACUUCGACUUUGCUUGAGGAUCCAAAACCGUAUAGACGUUUGUUAGGCAGUCUUAUCUAUUUGGGAGUAGCACGACCUGAUCUGGCUUUUUCAGUCCACAUUUUGGCACAGUUUAUGCAAGAACCGAGGGAGGAUCACUGGCAAGCGGCUUUACGGGUCGUCAAAUAUUUGAAGUCUGAUCCAGGUCAGGGUAUUUUGUUAAGAGCAAACACAAACUUUGAAAUAAUGGGUUGGUGUGAUGCUGACUGGUCUCGCUGUCCGUAUACUCGACGCUCAGUCACAGGAUAUUUUAUUCAGUUUGGUGAAUCACCAGUCUCUUGGAAGACUAGAAAGCAGAAAACAGUGAGUCGGUCUUCGGCUGAAUCAGAAUAUCGAGCGAUGGCUGAUCUGGUUCAAGAGUUAAAAUGGUUAAAGCGCAUGUUAUACACGCUUGGAGUUCGCCAUACACAGCCAAUGAUUGUUCUUUGUGAUAGCAAAUCAGCAAUUCAUAUAGCGAUGAACCCAAUGUUUCAUGAGAGGACAAAGCACAUAGAAAAUGACUGUCACUUUGUCCGGGAUGAAGUGGUCACGACGAAUAUUGUUUUACAACAUGUUCAGAUGACUUAUCAAUUGGCUGACAUCUUUACAAAACCAAUUGGACGUGAUGGUUUUUGGCGGUUUCGAAACAAGCUAGGCAUACAUAACUUGUAUGCUCCAAGGGGGGAUAUUGGAGUUUAG